UUUUUACUGCCUUUCUUUUGCCUUCCAAAUCCUUUUAUCCAAACGAUGCCAAAAGGUGAUGCUAACACCCAUGUAUUUCGAAUUACUUCUAACACCUAGCCAAAUGCUUCCAAACGCCGGUACAGGGGAUUAGUCUUAACCUUGUCAUAAGCACCGAACCCUAUAUGGCCGUUGGCCAAAUUUCUUUGGUUUUCACAUUUCCAACGUCUCUUAUGUGUGCUUCCCAGCUUUGUGAACUCCGCUAACUUCAGCACACACACGCACACCACAAAUAUAUACACAAACACACUUUCUAUGCAUGCCCUCUUCCAUCUUCCACCGAUUACGAUUCAAUCCCUAUUCCUCUCUCUUCCUGACUCUCUCCCCACCGUCUGAUUCGAUCACCACAAUGACUUCUUCACUCUCACUCCCUUCCAUUUCUGCCAAGAGGGUCGUAUUCAACACUCCAGAGUCCUCCAGGAGCUCAAAUCUAUUGGGUGUCAAGCAUGGAAUUCGAAGCUUUAGACCCAGAAAUUUGGACAAAUGUAGGGUUUAUAUGGGCGUUUCUGUUGGAUCUCGAGCCUCUGUCGAUGAUGCCUUGUUCUCCGAUUAUAAGCCAAGCUGUGCUUUUCUCUUCCCUGGCCAGGGUGCACAAGCUGUUGGAAUGGGUAAGGAAGCUCAAAAUGUGCCUGCUGCUGCAAACUUGUUUAUGAAAGCAAAUGACAUUCUUGGGUUUGACCUUUUGGAUGUGUGCAUUAAUGGACCAAAAGAAAAGUUAGACUCAACAGUUUUGAGUCAGCCGGCAAUCUAUGUCACAAGCCUAGCUGCAGUUGAGGUACUUCGUGCUCACGAUGGUGGACAGCAGAUAAUUGAUACUGUAGAUGUCACAUGUGGUCUAAGCUUGGGAGAAUAUACUGCUCUUGCAUUCGCUGGAGCUUUUAGCUUUGAAGAUGGACUCAAGCUGGUCAAACUUAGGGGUGAAGCCAUGCAGGAAGCUGCCGAUGCUGCUAAAAGUGCCAUGGUCAGUAUCAUAGGAUUGGAUUCAGAGAAGGUCCAACUGCUGUGUGAUGCAGCCAAUGAAGAUGUUGAUGAAGCUAAUAAAGUUCAGAUUGCAAAUUUCCUAUGCCCUGGUAAUUAUGCAGUCUCUGGAGGUGUGAAAGGAGUGGAAGCAGUAGAAGCAAAGGCAAAAUCAUUCAAGGCUCGAAUGACGGUCCGUCUAGCGGUUGCUGGCGCUUUCCACACUAGUUUCAUGGAACCAGCUGUGUCAAGAUUGGAAGCUGCAUUGGCAGCAACAGAAAUCAGAACUCCAAGAAUACCAGUUAUAUCCAAUGUUGAUGCGCAACCACAUGCGGAUCCUGACAGAAUCAAACAAAUAUUGGCACGCCAGGUGACUUCUCCUGUUCAAUGGGAGACGACAAUAAAGACUCUCCUAACCAAAGGGCUGAAGAAAAGCUAUGAAUUAGGACCUGGAAAGGUUAUAGCUGGCAUUGUCAAGAGAAUGGACAAAACUGCUGAGCUUGAGAAUAUCAGUGCUUAAAAGGGGGGAGAGUUAACAGACGUUGCUUCACCAGUGCCGUCCCAGUGAACCCUUUGUUGCAUGGUGCAGGGACAAUCAUUUAGAACUUGAUUUUUAAGGGUUAAUGACUAGUUGAAGAGUUGUUCAUCUGUAUUGCAAACUUAAAUUUUGAAAAUAAAGGUCGUUAAUUUGUAUCAAUUAUUAUAUUUGAAUUGAUGUUAUGCAUAAGAGUUUCUAAGAUUGUUCUCA